AUCGAGAACGGUUUAUUAUUCGCCUCUCGUCAAUUUCAAAUUUCGAUCAUCUCUUCUCACUCUUUGGAGAUACCAGAUACCGAGAUACGUCAUCUUCGCUAAUCACUCCAUUUUCUAAGUAGCGCAAAUAGAAGUAGCGUCGUAAACUAUACCGAUGCGUGGAUGGAGUACGGGCACGUAGCACGUGGGUGUCUGUCGGUCGCGGUCGGUCAGUCAGAUAUCAACUAUCAACGUGAGAGUGAUGAGCCUGUCCCUGGCCAUUCCGAAAAGCCGGAUUAGUCAUUACGUUGCUACCGACUCGAAUUUUGACAACCUUCUGUCUUGUCUAUCUGCUUUAAUCUCUCACGCGAGAUUUCUUCUCCAUUCUUCUCCCUUUUAAACUUCCUAUUUGCGUCUUUCCUCUCUUUUAUCCUUCAACACCUCACGUAUCCAUUUUACGUCGAAUGUAGCAUGCAUGCAGCAGCGCUACGGCUACGAAUGGCACAAAUCUAUCUCAUUACUUUUUUCUUAUUCUUCGUGCCUAAGCCUAAGACUAUCUGGCGAUAUUCUUUGAGGAUAGGAGUUUGCACUAGUUUGCGCGGUUUAAACAAGUAGACACUUUUAGAGUGAGUCAACCACCAGUAAUAUCUUGUCUCGACGAACAAUGGCGGAGGAAGAAUCCGAGGAAAAGGAGUAUCGUUGGGAAACUGGUUACGAAAAGACUUGGGAAGCGAUCAAGGAGGAUGACCACGGCUUGUUGGAAGCUUCUGUCGCAGACAUUAUCCACAAUGCUAAGAGAAAACGUCAGUUGGAAAGGAAACAGGGUGCCAGAUUAGGAAUGAUGAGACAUCUCUAUAUUGUCUUAGAUGCUUCCGAAUCAAUGUCGAGUCAAGAUUUAAAGCCAACUCGUUUUCUGUGUUCUCUAAAGCUUCUAGAAGAUUUUAUCGAAGAAUUCUUCUAUCAAAAUCCUAUAAGUCAAUUGGGUGUAAUUAUAACUAGAAAUAAAAGGGCUGAGAAAGUUAGCGCGUUGACUGGUAAUUCAAAGAAGCACGUUAAGGACGUGCAAACGUUGCAACAAACUGUAGUAGGCGGUGAACCUUCUUUGCAAAACUCUUUGGAAUUGGCCACAAAGUUAUUGAACGUAUUGCCGUCUCACGCUAGUAAAGAAAUAUUGGUAAUCAUAGGGGCCUUAACUACGUGCGACCCUGGAGACAUCAACGAAACGAUACGAAACAUGAAAUUGGACAGUAUUAGAUGUAGCGUAAUAGGAUUGGCCGCUGAAUUAUACAUUUGUAAACGAAUGGCAAACAUCACCGGUGGCGAACACAGCGUUGCGCUCGAUGAUAAACAUUAUAAGGAGCAAUUGAACGCACAUGUAGAUCCUCCGCCUGCCGCAACGCGCGUAGAUGCAGCGCUCGUGAAAAUGGGAUUUCCUCAUCAUGCUUUACAUUCUAGUGCGCCGGAUACAUCUAUGACGGUGUGUAUGUGCCAUGCACAAAAUUCCGACGAAACGGUUAAACUUAUGACUACUGGCUACCUUUGUCCCCAGUGCCUCAGUAAACAUUGCGAACUCCCUGUGGAGUGUAGAGCUUGUGGUCUUACUUUAGUCUCUGCUCCACAUUUAGCGCGGUCGUAUCAUUAUCUAUUUCCUGUGGAUCUUUUCAAAGAACGUGCACCUGAGGGCGAUCACUCUUUCUGCUUUGGUUGCCAGAAAACCUUUGCUCAAAAGGACAAAAAGGUAUAUACUUGCGGAAAGUGUAAUCAAACGUUUUGUUUAGACUGUGAGAUAUUUAUUCACGAGAUAUUGCACACGUGUCCUGGUUGUGCGAUAAAUCCUGAAACAUAUAGAAAGUCUACAGAUAGAUCUUAAAAUUGUCUAUUUAGUGUCAAUUCUGCCAUAAACACUGCCAAAGAGCAACCAAACGUGUAUAAUAUAUUAUAAUAAUUAAUUUUUUAUUGUUUGCAUAUUAACAUAAUUAAUUUAGUAUUUGCAAAUUAUACGUCACCUCGUCAUUCGUUUACAGAUGUACACGUUAGCAAUCAAUCAAUCUCAAACCUAUUGUCUAAUAUCGUAUUUUGAAACAAAUUCUAUAUUAAAAUAAAAUGUUUAAAUCACAUAUUGUAAAUGUCAGUCCUUGUGAUUACCAAUAUUUCUUUACUGGCGUGAAACAAUUAUAAUUUUAAUCGCUUUCGAACAUAACCACGUCCAAGGACGUUUACAUGGAAGAUUCGCCGCAGUAAACUACAGGUUGUUAUAAUGCAAACAACAAGAUUACAGUGAUAACUAUUAAAUUGAUUGUUAUAUGUUAGAAUUGGAACUCGAUAGACAAACUAGAAAUAUUAUCUCUCGGUUCAAGUAGAUAUUAAUUCAAGGUAAAAAACAUUACGAUAAUUUAUUCCAACUUGUGUGUGUAUCGAUCGAACAGAAUUCAUAACAUUAUAAUAUGGAUAUAUAUUCCAGUAAGUACACUUAUUGAUACGUAAGAAAAUUUGUAUGAAUACGUAUUUAUGUGACAUACGUGUGUAUUUUGUAUUUUAAACUCAUUAAAUACAUUUUCAUACGUAGAAAAAGAGAAAAAU